UUUGAAUUUUUCUUUUGAUUUAUAAUGCUCCAAAUUCAAGAAAACGAAAAAAGGGAACUUCCCGUCUGACGACUGAAAAAUCCCGUCUUCCACCGAUAUGGCGUCUCCAGCCGCAGCGUCACCGUCACCGUUCCAGUCUCAGCGAUCUCCGCUCUCUUCCAAUCCGGCCGCUGCCUCCUCCCCUAUUCACCGAUUUUCUUCUUUCAAUUCCCCUCACUCCGUUAACACCACCACUACUACUACCACUACCACAUCUCCUCUCGAUUCCUUUGCUUCCGACCCUGUUUUCUCCGCUUUUCUUUCUCCUUCUUUCUCCUCCACUUCCUUCUCCUCCGCUGCUCUUUCCUCCGGCUCCCCCGCCUCCACUGCCGAGAAGCUUCAGAAGGCCAUCCGUCUCCUUGAAUCACAGCUUCGCAAUGAGGUUCUCUCCCGCCACAAUGAUCUACUCUCUCAACUCUCAUCUCUCAAGCACGCUGAGAAUGCCCUCUCCACUGUUCGAUCCGGUGUCUCCUCCCUCCAAUCCACCGUUCGUCAUGUCCGAUCCGAGCUUUCUGAACCCAGAAAUGUCGUUUUUACCAAGACCGUUCAGUUCUCCAAUCUUCAUCAAACUACCGAGCUCCUUCAGCAUACGAUCCGUGCCCUUCGUCUUUCGAAGAAGCUUAGGGACCUUGCUUCUGCAUCUGCUGAUGACCCGGAGAAGCUGGAUCUUUCUAAGGCUGCCCAGCUGCAUUGCGAGAUAUUGAGCCUUUGUAAUGAGUUUGACCUUGCGGGCAUCGAUGUCGUUGACGAGGAGUUGAAAUGGGUUAAAGAAAUUGGGGAAAAAUUGAGAAUUGAGGCUAUGAAGGUUUUGGAGAGAGGAAUGGAGAGUCUGAAUCAAGCUGAGGUGGGGACUGGUUUGCAGGUGUUUUACAAUCUUGGUGAAUUGAAGGCGACCAUUGAGCAAUUGAUGACCAAGUAUAAGGGUAUGGGGGUGAAAAGCGUAAGUGUGGCAUUGGAUAUGAAGUCAAUUUCGGGGUCGGCCGGAAGUGGAUUUGGUCCGGGAGGAAUAAGGGGAAGUGGGACGCCACAGAUUGGUGGAGGUGCUAAGGCAAGGGAGGCGCUCUGGCAGAGGUUAGGAACCUGUUUGGAUCAGUUGCAUUCAAUUGUUAUUGCUGUUUGGCACUUGCAGAGGGUCUUAUCGAAGAAACGCGACCCUUUUACUCAUGUUUUGCUGCUUGACGAAGUUAUCCAGGCAAGUGAUUCCAUGUUAACAGAUCGAGUAUGGGAGGCUCUUGUGAAGGCUUUUGCUAGCCAAAUGAAGUCAGCUUUUACUGCAUCAAGCUUUGUGAAAGAAAUAUUCACAAUGGGGUAUCCAAAACUGUUUUCAAUGAUAGAGAAUCUUCUUGAAAGAAUUUCACGUGAUACUGACGUCAAAGGGGUUCUGCCAGCAAUAAGUUCAACAGGAAAAGAUCAGAUGGUUGCAGCCAUUGAAAUAUUCCAGACAGCUUUCCUUGGUUUUUGCUUGAGUCGCCUUUCUGAUCUUGUUAGCUCUAUAUUUCCAGUCUCAAGUCGUGGUAGUGUUCCCUCGAAAGAACAGAUCUCAAAAAUCAUAUCAUGUAUUCAGGAAGAGAUUGAAUCUGUUCAGAUGGAUGGGCGCUUAACUCUACUUGUGCUGCGUCAAGUUGGCAAGGCUCUGCUCUUACUGGCUGAAAGAGCUGAAUGUCAGAUAUCUACCGGUCCUGAAGCUCGCCAAGUAAAUGGUCCAGCAACUCAAGCCCAAAUUAAGAAUUUCACAUUAUGCCAGCAUCUGCAAGAAAUUCAUACUCGAGUAUCAUCUAUGAUAACUGGGCUACCCAUCAUUGCUUCUGAUGUUCUGUCUCCCUCAUUAGGUUCAAUAUACGGGGUUGCCUGUGAUUCUGUGACAUCGCUAUUCCAAGCCAUGCUCGACAGUCUCGAGUCAUGUAUACUGCAAAUUCAUGACCAGAACUUUGGUGCACUGGGUUUGAAUGCCGCAAUGGACAAUAAUGCAUCACCUUACAUGGAGGAACUGCAAAAGUACAUUCUUCACUUCCGCAGUGAGUUCUUAUCAAGGCUGUUGCCUUCAUCCAAAAAUGCAGCCAUCUCUGGAACGGAAAACAUUUGCACUCAGCUUGUUAGAAGCAUGGCAUCAAGAGUGCUAAUUUUCUUUAUCAGGCAUGCUUCUCUCGUCAGACCUCUUUCUGAAUCAGGAAAACUACGUAUGGCUAGGGACAUGGCUGAACUGGAGCUAGCCGUGGGUCAAAACUUGUUCCCUGUAGAACAACUUGGUGCACCUUAUCGAGCUCUUCGAGCAUUUCGUCCACUUAUAUUUCUUGAAACUUCUCAACUGGAGGCAUCUCCACUACUGCACGAUCUGCCAGCAAGUGUCAUACUUCAUCAUCUAUAUUCUCGGGGUCCUGAGGAACUGCAGUCACCGAUGCAGAGGAACAAACUUACUCCUCAGCAGUACUCAUUGUGGUUGGACUCUCAAGGUGAGGAUCAAGUUUGGAAAGGUGUCAAAGCAACUCUAGAUGAUUACGCCACUAGGGUACGGGCCAGAGGAGACAAGGAAUUUACUGCAGUAUACCCUCUUAUGCUUCAAGUAGGAUCAUCAUUGACACAAAACUCCCCCGCAACAUAACAUGCUUCCAUGUCUACAACUGUUAUUUUAUAAAAAAUGUCAGUCUGGACCGUGUUUCAUUGUUGAUUACUGGAUGAUAAUAGGCAGGGAUACGAAGCACAAUCGAUCCCAACAUGAAGUUUAGGUACCGAGCCAUUCACUCAAUUAUUCACUUGCCUUAGAACUGCAUGAAGUAGCAAAGAUACCAUCCUCGAGUUCCAUUUUCCUCAUAAAUGCAAGACUGAAUUUUGUUUGUUUUGCUGAGGCUUCCAAGGUCACUGGAUGAUCAGAUCAACUUUGAAGUAUUCGACUUGUCAGUUAGGCUAAGCCAGUUAGCUAUACUUUUUUUAAAAAACCAAUUUACGUGUUGAUUUUCUAUUCUUUUGUUCAUUUCUUUAGCCAUUUACCAAAUAAUAGUAGAGGACUGUUUCCUCUGCAAUACAUUAUGAGUGUUGUUGGGUGGGGGGGUUUCUAAUAGUCAUAGGAUCAUGGUGUAAACAUUUUUGUGGAUGAUGAGGAUGAAUUAUUGAUUUUGAUAGGCUUUACAGUA